GGGCGGCCACUCCGCGCUGCAGGGGCGGCGCACAGCCGGAGGAGACACCGGGUUGAACGGAGGAAGAGUCCGUACAGUUUGACAACUUUGAACCGGGUAGCGAACCGGGCUGGGACCUCAUGAAUGGAAAUCGGAACUACAGGAGCCGUUGGGGCCCAGUCCCUAUUCUCCAUGCCUCGGCGGCCUGGCUAUGGCACCAUGGGGAAGCCCAUCAAGCUGCUGGCCAACUGCUUCCAGGUGGAGAUCCCCAAAAUGGACGUGUACCUCUACGAGGUGGACAUCAAGCCUGACAAGUGCCCCCGGCGGGUCAACAGGGAGGUUGUUGACUCCAUGGUGCAGCACUUCAAGGUGACAAUCUUUGGGGAUCGCAGGCCAGUCUAUGAUGGAAAGAAGAGCCUGUACACAGCUAACCCACUGCCUGUGGCACCUACAGGGGUGGACCUGGAUGUCACUCUACCAGGUGAGGGAGGGAAAGAUCGUCCCUUCAAGGUCUCCAUCAAGUUCGUGUCUCUGGUCAGCUGGCACAUGCUCCACGAGGUGCUGACUGGCCGCAGCAUGCCCGAGCCCCUGGAGCUGGACAAGCCCAUCAGCACCAACCCUGUCCAUGCCGUCGACGUGGUGCUGCGACACCUGCCCUCCAUGAAAUACACUCCAGUGGGUCGAUCCUUCUUCUCCGCUCCAGAAGGUUAUGAUCAUCCCCUGGGUGGCGGGAGAGAGGUCUGGUUUGGCUUCCAUCAGUCUGUGCGCCCUGCCAUGUGGAAGAUGAUGCUUAACAUUGAUGUUUCUGCCACCGCCUUCUACAAGGCCCAGCCAGUCAUCCAGUUCAUGUGUGAGGUACUGGAUAUCCACAACAUAGACGAGCAGCCUCGCCCACUUACAGACUCACACCGGGUCAAAUUCACCAAAGAAAUUAAAGGUUUGAAGGUGGAGGUGACGCACUGUGGAACCAUGCGCAGGAAGUACCGCGUCUGCAAUGUGACCCGCCGGCCAGCCAGCCAUCAAACGUUCCCUCUACAGUUAGAAAAUGGUCAGACUGUCGAGCGUACUGUAGCCCAGUACUUCAGGGAGAAGUACAACCUGCAGCUUAAAUACCCACACUUGCCCUGUCUGCAGGUGGGCCAGGAGCAGAAGCACACCUACCUUCCCUUGGAGGUGUGUAAUAUAGUAGCUGGUCAACGGUGCAUCAAGAAGCUGACCGAUAAUCAGACCUCCACCAUGAUCAAAGCCACAGCUCGCUCUGCACCUGACAGGCAGGAGGAGAUCAGCAGGCUGGUGCGCAGCGCUAACUACGAGGCAGAUCCCUUCGUGCAGGAGUUCCAGUUCAAAGUGCGCGACGAGAUGGCUCACGUGACGGGGCGAGUGCUACCCGCCCCCAUGCUGCAGUACGGCGGCAGGGUGAGCACAGAGCACUUUAUGAACCGCACGGUGGCCACGCCCAGCCACGGGGUGUGGGACAUGAGGGGAAAGCAGUUCCACACCGGGGUGGAGAUCAAGAUGUGGGCCAUCGCCUGCUUCGCCACACAAAGGCAGUGUCGGGAGGAGAUCUUAAAGGGUUUCACAGACCAGCUGCGUAAGAUCUCAAAGGAUGCUGGGAUGCCCAUUCAGGGACAGCCAUGUUUCUGUAAAUACGCCCAGGGAGCAGACAGUGUGGAGCCCAUGUUCAGACACCUGAAGAACACAUACGCUGGCCUGCAGCUCAUCAUUGUCAUCCUGCCGGGAAAAACCCCUGUUUACGCGGAGGUAAAGCGUGUGGGAGACACUCUGCUGGGCAUGGCUACCCAGUGUGUUCAGGUGAAGAAUGUGGUGAAGACGUCCCCUCAGACUCUCUCCAACCUCUGCCUCAAGAUCAACGUGAAGCUCGGAGGCAUCAACAAUAUCCUGGUGCCUCACCAACGACCAUCAGUAUUUCAGCAGCCGGUGAUCUUCCUGGGAGCAGAUGUAACACAUCCACCUGCUGGAGAUGGGAAGAAGCCAUCAAUUGCAGCAGUCGUAGGCAGCAUGGACGCCCACCCCAGCAGGUACUGUGCCACUGUGCGGGUCCAGAGGCCCAGGCAGGAGGUCAUCCAGGACCUGGCCUCGAUGGUGCGAGAGCUGCUCAUUCAGUUCUACAAGUCAACUCGCUACAAGCCCACCAGGAUCAUUUUCUACAGGGAUGGAGUUUCAGAAGGCCAGUUCAGACAGGUGCUGUAUUAUGAGCUCCUGGCCAUUCGUGAGGCCUGCAUCAGCCUGGAGAAGGAGUACCAGCCAGGCAUCACCUACAUCGUUGUGCAAAAACGCCACCAUACACGCCUCUUCUGUGCCGACCGCAACGAGAGAGUUGGCCGUAGCGGAAACAUUCCUGCUGGUACUACUGUGGAUACGGACAUCACGCAUCCCUACGAGUUUGACUUUUACCUCUGCAGUCAUGCUGGAAUACAGGGCACCAGUCGACCCUCCCACUACCAUGUACUGUGGGAUGAUAAUUGUUUCACCGCUGACGAGUUCCAGCUGCUCACCUACCAGUUGUGCCACACCUACGUGCGCUGUACCCGCUCAGUCUCCAUCCCCGCGCCCGCCUACUACGCCCACCUGGUGGCCUUUCGUGCCCGCUACCACCUGGUGGACAAAGAACACGACAGCGCUGAGGGCAGCCAUGUGUCUGGCCAGAGUAAUGGCCGGGACCCCCAGGCACUGGCCAAAGCUGUUCAGAUUCACCAUGACACCCUGAGGACCAUGUACUUCGCCUGAGCUGCACCAAGUCUCCUCAACCUUUGCCACCUUUAACACACACAAACAGACACAGACACAACCAGUAAAGAAAUCCUCAUAGGUGCAAGUCCCACCCCCCCCACAUGCCUAGUCAAUCCGGACCUGACACUGUGCAGAGGAAAGCAGGGAGGAGGGAGGGUAGGAGGCACCCCCACACUGGACUGAGGAUGCAAACGCUGCUUUAACAACAAACAAGAGCACUAUUAUGCAAUAUUAAACCAGCCAACCAGUUUAUUUCUACCCUUAUUGCGGCCCCCAAACGUUGCUCCUCCUAGCUCUUCUCUGUUUGUCUCCUUUACUCGUGGCCUAGUAGCUGUUUUUCUGGUCAGUUCGAUGUAUUUUUGGCCCAGCCUGUCGUUACAGGUCAAUAAUGUGCUCCUUUGCCAUCUACAGUACCUCAAGUCAGUUUGAGCAGCAGCACUUUUACAUUAUGUCACGCGUCUUGGAGUUUUUGAUUCACCCUGUGUUUGAAAUGAAGGUGCAGAGAAGCAACAGUCAGACUCUGGUUAAGUAGUGUCUGAUUUCUUCUGGAAUGUAGAUAUUUCGUUGGACCAAAGGUCUAUUCUGUUGCCACUUUUUUUCCCUAUUGGGUCCUCUGUUCUGUCAUUUUCCUUCAGCGUGAAAUCACCAGUUCUUUGGAACAUGUUCUCUUGAGCACACUGCCACCUAUUGGCGACGAGGUAUAAUUGCCCUCUUGAAGCCCCAGUGAGGAUUUGUUGUCUUGAGGGUUCAGAUCGGUUUUGAAUUAUCUUUAGCAGUCAGCUGUCACAUUUACACAGGGACAGUUUAUAUUGGUUGAUAUCAGUUGCAACUAUCUGGUCGUAUAUUUAAAGUAUAACACUGUUGACUCUCUGUGAAACAUUUUAUGAUUCUAACUUUUUUUAAUCAUUUAAGAUUGUUUUAUUCUUGAUUGUCCUGCGUUUUGCUUCAUGCCACAGUUCCCUCCUGUGAGUUUGAGACGGUUAGUAGCGAUUAUGUCAAUGGUUUUCUUUAGUGCAAUAAUCAGCCGUACGAAGGAAAGGGGAUUUUAGAGGACUUUGGACGACUCAGAAGAAAAGUUAGACGCUUCAUUUGACAGCGAAUGUCCUCAGAAGGAGAAAAAUGUGCCACUUACACGGCACUUUCACGUAUUCCCUUUCUGAGAUGAUUGAAAUGCAUGUUUAAUUCAUUUGCCCUCACUGUUAGGGGAAAAAUGGUGCAACUGCAGUCGAGGUGACUUUUUCUCGUGCUUCUACUUGAAUUGAAGGAUUUUUUUGCACCUCUGUGGUUUGAGACUUGGUCAUAGUUUCAGAAAUUCUGAUCAUCAGCUUGCUAAUUAAUGGCUUUUUUUUAAAAAUCACUACGAGUUUUUCUUUUUUUUUAAGAUAUAAUAUAAAGUUUUUUUUUCACCUGACAGCAACAAGUUGAGUCUAAAGGCCAUAAGAGACAGUAUUCAAGUGCCUGGAGAGAGUUUAGGAAUUUGCUCAUCAGACGGUGUAUAACUUGUGGUGGGGGUCAUGUUUCAGCGAGUAAACAUAAAAUAUAUUUCAAGCAAAGAGCAGUAUAGUUUAAAGAAUGGAAGUUUCACCCAAUGCCUCUUCUCAACAACCGUCUACUGACUUUUCUAUACAUCUCAUUUCAAUGAUCCUGAGGUCAAUAUAUUUAUUGUUUUUGCCCAAUCAGCAGUGUUAACUGUUGACUUUGCUUCAGAGCAGCGUUCAAGCAAAGCGGGCAGAGUUGCUUACUUGUACCCGACCUGAAUCCAGCUGCUGCAGCAGAGUUUUUGUACUCAAUGGGCCGGUUUCAUGGACAGGGAAUCAGCCCAGUCACAAGCAAAGUCUUUCAAUAAAUCAUUUCUGUUAUUGGUCAGCCAACUCCAGGGCUGGGUUUCAUUCCUGUCCAUGUAACCAACCCGAAGCUGGGACCGGCUUCAGAACAAAGCCAAGGAGACAAGUGGAUGACCGACAUAUUCAGCAGAACUGCCUGUUGAUGUGAAUGUCUUAACUGAAUGUUGGUUCGGUCUCCACAUUGACACUUUGCGCUGCUAAUGACCUGAAGCUCGUCUGGGGGGUUGUUUUUAAAGUUAUCUGCACUAAAAGAAGCGUGUGUUUUGGGACUGAACACAGGCGUGGUGCUACUCUGUCUCAAUUCGAAUCCGAAGCUGAACCUCUACAUCAGCAGUUGGGUAGGAUAGAAAACCGUAAACCUCACUCGUGGACGGACAGGGGAAGGUGUCACUGCUAUAGCUGGUGAGGGGACGGUUGCCCGGUGGUUCCGGUCAGCGUUGAGGGCCUGUCGAUGGUACAGCGGCCGCUGUUCUCUUGGGCAGGAAGUUCUAAUGUAGGGCCCUGCAUCUGCUGACUGCCUUCCAGUGUGGAAGCCUUCAUGAAUUCACUAGUGUCUGAAAGCCUUUUUAAAAAGCCAGAUUGAAAGUAUAUUUGUACAUUUUAAAUUAUGUAAUGCACACCACUUAUUUUUGCUAACAGAAAAAAAACAAUUAAGCUUAGUAAUAAAUGUAUCAUGAUAAGUAAUGGUUAAAGGUAUAACAAAGUCUGACUAUUGCAAUAGACUGUUGAGUUCCUGUGUCACUGUAACGUGUAGUGUAUGUGCGAUCAGUGCUCGGGUUGUUGAAACUAGCGGCGUGUGUUUGGACUGUCAUACUGUUAUUGACGGGAUGUGAACCGCCUCUUGCUUUUGGAGAAAAAAAAACAAUGCUCAUUUCUCUCCUGAUUUCAUUCAGAUGUUGUUAAAGUUGAAGGAUUUGCCAUAGAGCAGAGGAAAAAACCAAAACUGAACGAACGGUGGAGUAGAAGGAGAGUCGGCUUCUGUAUCGAGCCCCUGCUCUCGAAUGUCCUCGGGUUUUCUUCAACUGGUGCUGAAGCCUGCGCCUUAUCAGGGGAGAGAGUGAAAAGGAAGAGGCAAGUGGUUUUGAGAGUGUUGUGUUCAUGAAAUGGACACGUGUGAUCAAAGAGUAACGUAACAGGGGUCGUACUGUACUUCUCCAUUCCUUUGUGUUAGUGCCUCUGGGGAUUUACAUUGGAUUGCAACGUCUUGUGUUGCUCUCCUCAGUCUGCUCUCCUCACCCGGGCCACUUCACACACUCGCACACAAACAGAGAGCCGGCGAAGCCCGGCGUCGUGUUGUGUCUCUCCUUCCCUUUUCGCGCCCAAACAUUUACUCCUUUGUGCCGGGGAACUACAUUCCGAGGCCGUAGAAUCCCAUCCGGUCCCCCUGGGAGCUGUGAGGGAGAUUGGAGCUGAAGGACGGUAUGUGGGGACGCGGUGAACCCUGUGCGUGUCAGCGGGGGGGGCGCCGGCGCUCACGGGUGAGACCUCGGCGUGCGGCGGGUGAUGGUGGCGCUCGGAAGGCUGCUUGUGACACUUGGUGUCCUUGUUGUAACUCGCUAUUUCUGCUGUCUGUAAUGGAUGUUCGGUUUGUGUUUAGACUACACUCUUGAGGGCAGUUGAACACAUGUUUACAUAGCAGAUGUGUUUGCCUACUUCAAAACUGAAAUGUCAUCAGCUCUGCUUUGCAAAUAUUAGCUGGCGGAGACGUGACCUAACAAUGAGCGAGACCAUUUGGGGCCUGUGGAAGUGAACGCUUGAAGGGACGCGAAGACGUUAUUUUUUUUGGCAAAUUUUCCCCCUGCGGACUUCCGCGUUGCAUAGCAGGUGAAAUGUCUUGUUUGUCCUUUGGUUCUAUUAAAAUUACUGGUGAGAUUAGAUUGGAACAAGGGUACAUUUACUUUAAAGCUUGCAGCUGCCGGCGGCCUUCGCCUCUCAGUAACAAUGCAAAAGUUGGAUGAGAGAGGAACAACAAGCAUCUCACCCCCUGAACAGUCUGGGGAGGAAAAUUUGCCAAAUUCACUUUAAAGGUCAGUGUCUCCCCCAUUAAAUGGACGUGAAGGUGUUUUCCAUUUAAGUGAGAGAGUAAUCGAUCAACAGACUUGAUCUCGGUUGCUCCUCUCGCAGUGGAAGGUAGCAGUGGAGUGAGAGAGUCCACAGAAAGUGCCUUUCCUCUUGAUGGUGCUGUAAAUUUCAAUGAGAAAAUGUCAAAUCGAACCAAUCUCCUUUUCAAGAGGACGUCGCCGCGCAGAGCGGCCGCGUUCUACACAAACCCGCUCACCGCACACGUUUGUUUAUGUAGAGACGACAAUGCAAACUCGAGUUCCAUGUGUAGAAGUAGAUCAUAUGCCAAGUAGAGGGUUGUGGUUGAGCUUUCGCUUCCUAGUGCAGUUAGCGUCUCGGACCAAUGGUGUUGUUGGUACAGUGGAUGUGGGUGGUGCGGAAGGUCGGGGUCACCGCUGGCACUAGCGUGGGGCGACGCGGCCCGGCCCGGAUGACAAACAUAGCACAGCACUUUAGAGACUGCCACUCUCACUCAGAUACACAGCCAAAAGGUUUCGAUGUCUGUCCCUCCAGCUCCCCUCCUCCCCCCGGCUCAGGAGGAGGAGGCGGAGGAGAGGAUCCGAGCCUCAGCGAGAACGAGGAGUCGAAGGGAAGCUUGUUACCAAAUGGAGCAGUCUGUCGUUGGAAACGUGCCUCAUGCUCUCGUGACUUGGUUGCUGGCUGCGGUGGGUCAGCCUGCUCCCGGUGGCGCCGUGUUAGCACCGGGGCUGGGUGUCAACGCAACGCAAAGGUUCCUCACAGAUUCGGCAUUGAAUUUGAAACCAAAUUUAAAGCUAAUCCGAACAAUGGAUCAUUGCACUUUACAGUAGAAAUACUGACCGUGUACAGUACACAGUCGAAUUAUUUGGUCUCUGAGAGCAUGAUUGAGUCAAAAUUACACCUUAGGACAGAACUUCAAGCAAAAUGUCUGCUGAAACCCUGUUAAAGACUCAACUCUGGUUAAAAAAGGAGACUCUCAAAUUGUCGGGCAAAAUUUAAAGGCCCAAACAUCUGCAUGGAACCCAAGAAGGUUCCAGUGAAUGACAGGAAGUGCAUCAGCAUCAGCAGGACCGGUGUUGCUAUAAGCGUUGCCAUGGCGCCCAGCCCCGGCAGCUGUUUUAGCGCAGUGCAACGCCUCGCCACACGUCUUGUCCUCGAUGGAGGGAACGUGUGCGAGUCGCCUAAAGAAACGAGGGUGGUCUGUAGAUCUGUGGUCUGUAGAUCUGUGGCCUGUAGAUCUGUGGUCUGUAGAUCUGUGGGUACCUCUUCAGUCCAGGGGGUGAAAUCUUUCUAUUACAAGAGAUCUAAAAAACGAAAAAACAAAAAAACACUGCACCUCACUUACCUUGGUAUGCUGCAUAUGUUAUACUACAUGAAAGAAAACUGCAAAUGGCUUUUAUUAUGACAUAUAAUGCUUGAGUAAUGCCUGAUUGCGAUAUUCUUAUAAGUAACUAUUUUAGAGCCUAAGUACGUAUAACUGUAAAAAAUAUUCUGUUUUGUCUUAAAAUUUAUCCGAUUUUGAAAAAUUGUUCUUGAGCCGACUUUUAUUUUGUUGUCCUAUUUAAAUGUGUUGUUCUUUACAUAUAUAUAUAUAUAUAUAUAUAUAUAUAUAUAUAUAUAUAUAUGAAAUAUAUAUGCGGAAUAUUUUAUGGUGUAUUUAUUGAGAGUGCAUUUAAGCGGCUGGAGUCUCCGCAUCAUAUUGCAGUGAGGUGGGAGUUUGAGGCCUUUAGUCCCUCUCCCUCCAUGUUGACACUUUUAAACCCCCAGAUACGCAAGCACAACGACAUGGAGGGGGCGGGAGGUGGAUGUGGCUGGUCAGGAAGUUGUGUGUCCAACGCCGGUGUCGACAGGUCAGCUCCCUCCUCACCUUUUCUUACGCCGGCCCCCCACGCGUUGCGUCCCCUCUCUGAGGAAGUGAGCCGUGUCUGAACCACGCUGAGGUUUUCUCUCCUCCCCUCGACCCGAGCUGCUGAUCAGUGCGUUAGCCGCGUUAGCUCCUGGAGCAGUAACAGGCAGGUGAGAGAGAUCAAAUAAAUUGCAGGUGUCAGCAUUUUUUUUAUUUUUCCAGCAGGUCUCAAAAGAUGCGCCUUAAACUUGUUUCUCCACUCGGCAGACGUGACCUUUAACCCCCCCCCCCCCCCCCCCCCCCCCUCGGUGGCCUACCUGUUAACGAGCCUGCGUACUUGAUCUCCCCCAGUGUUCCCUGCGGCAUCUGUCUCUCUUCUCACACAACCCACUAACACUGAUGUUUGAACAAGUGUGAACAUAAGAGAAAGAAACCCUCUGUACCAUUUGUGCUGAUGUGAGAGCAGAACCGGGUCUGGGUCAGGUAGCCUUAGACAAACACUGUGGCAGUGGUUUAACCCAGAUGUGCAGCGAUUCACUGCCUCAGGACCACUCACCUGUAUUGAUGCUAACAUGAAACCGUGGUAACUAGUUAAAUGAGUGUUCCUUAAUUCCACCCGACUACGAACCCAAAGAACGUGCAGACUGACCCAGGCCGGGCCAGUUCCGAGUGCUGGAGACCUGUGCCUGUCUAACGAACCGACGCCGAACUGUGCUGCGAUGACUCGCUGUUCUCUUCUCCUCCCUCCCCUUCGGAGGAUCACGGACGCGGAGCCUCUGAGCGCCGUCGCUCUCGUUCCAAAGCAAAGACGCCGACGACGUGCGGUUCGAGGGCGUUGACUGUGACGUUGGCGCUCACGGCUGCCAGAUGCUGAACCACUUCUCAUCCCGUUAGCAUUCCAAUAACGACUCUGAACCAAAUCCUGCUGAAGAGAUUAGGCUCCGUUUCCCUCGUGUCCCCCAGCGGUUUGAACGGAGGACGCGCGGCUGACGUCGGCCAAGGAUUCAGACCUUUAAUGUGCAGUGAUUGUCCAGGUCAUUGUAUUGUGUCAGCGUAGCAUCACCUUCCUUUCAGUCUUACUUCAGACUAAAGGUCUUGGGCUCUGAUACCUCCGAGCAAGGCACCAGCAAACGGAUGUAACUGAACCUUCGCCACCGACCAUCCAUGUCUCCGUGUGUUGCAAAGGCUCUGCUGCAACAACAGCUCGAUUCCAUUUCAGUUUAAAUGUCUCUCUUCUUUUGUAACUCUCACAGGUUGUUGGCCUUUUAGUGUUGCUUUGCUUCAGUUUGAAGUGUAUCUUUGACUAAUACUUGCAAUAAAUUGCUUUGCUUUA